AUGUGCCCAGGUCGUGUGAUAAGCAAGCUGCUCUGCUCGGGGGAGAAGGAAGUCAAUCUGGCUGUGGAGAGUGCAAAGGCUGCCUUUAAAAUAUGGAGUCAGAUGUCUGGCAUGGAGCGGAGCAGGGUGCUGCUGGAGGCUGCCAGAAUUAUUCGGGAGCAGAGAGAAGAAAUUGCCACCUUGGAAACCAUCAACAAUGGUAAAUCCAUCUUUGAAGCCAGAGUGGACAUCGACAUAUCCUGGCAGUGCCUGGAGUAUUACGCAGGAUUGGCAGGAUCUCUAGCUGGUGAACACAUCCAGCUUCCCGGGGGAUCCUUUGGGUACACUCGGAGAGAGCCCCUUGGGGUGUGUGUUGGGAUUGGAGCCUGGAAUUACCCUUUCCAGAUUGCCUGCUGGAAGUCUGCCCCGGCCUUGGCUUGUGGCAAUGCGAUGGUCUUCAAGCCCUCUCCCUUCACCCCCAUUUCGGUGGUGAGGUUGGCAGAGAUCUUCACAGAGGCUGGUGUGCCCAAGGGGCUCUUCAACGUGGUGCAGGGUGGAGUGGCCACAGGCCAGUUCCUCUGUCAUCACCCAGAUGUGGCCAAAAUCUCUUUCACUGGCAGUGUGCCAACUGGCAUCAAGAUCAUGGAGAUGGCAGCUAAAGGGAUCAAACCAGUCACUCUGGAGCUGGGGGGCAAGUCCCCCCUUAUCAUCUUUUCGGACUGUGCCUUGGAGAAUGCCGUGAACGGAGCCCUCAUGGCCAAUUUCCUUACUCAGGGUGAGGUGUGCUGCAAUGGCACGCGGGUGUUUGUGGAGAGGAAGAUACUGGAUGUCUUCACAAAGGAGGUGGUGAAACGCACCCAGAAAAUCAAAAUUGGAGACCCGCUUCUGGAAGACACACGGAUGGGAGCCCUCAUCAACCGGCCCCACCUGGAUCGUGUCCAGGGCUUUAUCAAGCAAGCAAAGGAGCAGGGGGCAGAGGUGCUGUGUGGUGGGGACCUGUACGUGCCAGAUGACCCGAAGCUGAAGAAUGGCUACUACAUGCGACCCUGUGUGUUAGGGAACUGCACGGAUGACAUGACAUGUGUGAAGGAAGAGAUCUUUGGGCCUGUCAUGUCCAUUCUGCCGUUUGACACAGAGGAGGAGGUUGUGGAGAGAGCCAACACCACCAAAUUUGGCCUGGCAGGUGGUGUCUUCACCAGGGAUAUCCAGAAGGCUCACAGGGUAGUGGCUGCUCUCAAGGCUGGGAUGUGCUUCAUUAACAACUACAACAUCAGCCCUGUGGAGCUGCCUUUCGGAGGAUACAAGGCAUCAGGAUUUGGCAGAGAGAAUGGGCGGGCAGCCAUUGAGUACUACUCACAGCUGAAGACUGUCUGCGUGGAGAUGGGCGAUGUGGAAUCUGUGUUUUAGUGGCUCUGGGGCCUGCUCAAGGGAGCAUCAGCCAGUUCUUGCUUGUCAGCCAGAGAUGUGGAUCAUUUACACAGCAAUAAAGUGCUCUAAAAUUGUAAGUGCCUGGGGGGGGGAGCGCAGCUGGAGCAGCAUUUAGCCACCCUGCUCCUGCAAGGGGGAGUGUACACACGGCUUAGUCUGUGGGCCUGCUUUGUCCUAUCUGGUGGAAGAUGGGAACCUCAGAGUAGGAGGUAACAAUAUGGCUUGCAGCAGCAGCACAUGUGGCUAAGUAUGUGUUACCAGAGGCUUGUCAGUAGCAGAGGCCCAGCCCAGGCUGCUUCCCCUGCUGUGCGCCUUGAACCCCAUUGUCUGCCUCCGUCAACUUCAGUUUUGGCUUAACAGGUAUGACUCUACUCAAUGCGCGUAUAAGCUCUUGGACACAUUGACAUUCUGUAGCUAUAGGCUCUGUCUAUUCUCUGACUACAUAAAAGCCUUAAGGGUAGGAUUGUUUUUUCCCCCUCUAGCCUUCUUUUAAACACAAGUUUUGUUUUUUCUAUCUGUACUUUACUUCCAAGGUGGGACAAAAUAUUGUGGAGAUUGUGAGCUGAUGCUGCCUGGGACAGGCAUGGCCCUGAGAAUCAUCUCCACGCACAGAGUAUGGAGCACAACUAGAUGAUAGCAAGCUCCAGCACAGGAUAGAGUGCUGCCUAUCUUAAGUGAAAGCUAUUUGACUUCCUUCCUAUAGGCCUACUGUUCUUUACAAACAUGAUGAAGCAACAACUUUAAAUGUUUGCCUACAUCUUUUUUUAGCAAACAAAUAAAUAUUAAUUCUUUUUGGAACAUCUUA